AUGGGGUACCUCAAGGUGAUAAGCUACGACUCCAGCCGUGGUGGAGUGAGCGUUAUAACUGAGAAAGGCGAUGUGACUACGAGUUUCCUGCUAAUCCAGCACGCUGACAUAUCGGACUCCGGAAAAUAUUCCUGCAGUCCCUCCAACGCAGAUGUCGCAAGUGUCAGGGUACAUGUCUUGAACGGAGAAAGGCCAGCUGCAAUGCAGACCGGAUCAGCAGGGUUAUCCAAUAGUUCAUUGAAUAUUUUAGCUCUCAUUAUAAUUUCCUAUCUUUAUAACUCUUGUUUCUUCAGUAACUUCGACCCAAGAAGAGUAACUUCGAGGUAGCUAUCUUUCCAGAACAGUUUUGUAAAUAAGAAGUAAAUAACUGUAACCAACGCAACGGCUGGUUACAGAAAAGUUUCGUUAUAGUGUUAUCGUUUAAAUAUACAAUCCAGUUUUAAGUAGAAUAUGGUAUUUCAAGUCAGGGUUACAUCGAUACUUUCACUCAAAUUUGGGUAAUGGGUAUUCAUAAAACCAUUUAUCAAAUAUUGAAUACUUCAUUUUUUGAUAGAUGUUACUUCUUAAGGGUAAAAAUGUACAUACCAUUUAAUUUGAACAAUAUAUGUGAAAUUUCUGAUCAAGAAUAGAGGAAGUUUGUUUUUGAUGUUGAGACAUUCAUAUUAUCAGAUUCACCGGGUAGACAAAAAAUGAUUCGUGAUUUUGAAAACUCGUUAAAAGACAUUGAGUUGGUGAUAAUUUAAGUGACAGAACUGAAGUGACGAUAUGUGAUAAUAGGAUGUGUUUUCCUUUGUUAAUAAAUGCGUUUGACGCAAUAAGUGUAUUAUAUUUGUAAAAAUAAUUGUUCAGUUGAUUGUUUGCUAUAUGGCAACCUUAACAAUUCAAUUUCAUUCUUCAAAGUUUGACUUUCUCUGUUUCUUCCACUAAUUUCUAUAGACCUCUCCAGGAGGACCAAACAUACCCAUUUCAUAUAACGAAAACAUUAUACCACAAAGCAGAAUGGAGUUGAAUUUUCAAAAACUAUUCAAAAUAAAUGUUAACCCAUUGUAUUAAUACCAGUACCACCCUUAUUCAUUCAGAAAAAAACUUAUGGAUUGCAAUGAAAAUAUAUUUUUACUUUUC